AUGGCAGCUGUGCGAGAGUACCUCGUGUAUGGUGUCGACGACGCACAUAAACACCUCUGGCCCGUGCAUUACCACCUCCUUAAGAAUGACUUCAUGGCUGCAAUCGACGCCAUUAGGCGGGGAGCGGACCCGCUGCUCACCGACAGCAGAGGAGAGAGCGCCCUGGCGCUGUGCUACCAGCUAUUUUUCAAGACCGUUAACAGGUGUCUGAAUUCCACGGUCCCGCUAGGAAAUCGCAAAUGCCAGCAAGGUUGGUCAUUGAAUAAGACGCGUUACGAUGCCAUCGCAGCCCCUAAGGCUACCUACACGCCGCCGACGCCGAAAAAACACAAAUUGGAGGCUGCUCCAGAGCUUCAUGGCGUGGCCGACUACGAGUCGGCGGGCAAACCCGCCAUGAAAGUUGACAAGUGUGUUGAUCCGCCACUCUUCACGUCCCAAAUCGACUUUGUCGUCGCUAGCCACAACAUUGAAGCCGCGUCUUCGGCGCAUACGUCGCUUUUCAGGCGCGCAAAGGGGCUGCUGGCGGUGCUGCGAACAGCGUCGGAGAGGGAUGGCAUGCUGCUGCACUCGAAGCAUGAACUGCUGCGCGCCAUCCGUGAUCUCGAGUACCCUGGACUUUACGCGUCGCUCAUGGACCACAUGUUCCUGCAAAGCGCGUCCUACGGUCUGAAGAACUUGGACAACACGGACGUUUGGGACGCACGCUGUCUAUGGCGGGCCGCGGCCUCGAAGCACGCUGCGUUGCAGUCGCUCACUACUUUCGUCUCGCAAGUAGCAGGGCUGCUCGAGGAGCUGUGCAGCGUGUUUCACGUUGAUAUAUACAGCAAUUCGCCGUUGAGGGGCACGGAGCUGUACCCGGGGCACGACCGGCGCCUCCUCCUCCCGGGGCUGGAAAGCAGCACCAUCGAGAUGAUAGCUCACAUCGCGUUCGUCACGAACCACCCGCUGCUGUUCGACGCAAUGGUCUUGCAGGAGGUCUUCCAGCAGGGUGGCAGUGCUUUCAAGUGGUCCGAUUUGCUAUCGCGCCUGCUUGGCGAAGCGGAACACAUGAAACCCUUCAUGGAGCCUCUCAUGAGGAGAAGCCUGCGCAAGAACGUAGAGAAUCGCAUUCUGUUCCACAAUUGA